GUAACUGAGUGGUUAAGGUAUAAUCUUGUUGGUCUCACCCUUCUCCCGCUCUCACCGAAUCUUUGUUCAUUCAUUCAUUGCUUUGCUUUGCUGUUCUAAUCUUUUCUCUUUCUUCUGCUAAACCCUACCCUCUCUACUGCCACCAUUUUCGUUCUGCUUCUUACACUCUAAUGCUACUUCCCAACAUUCCCCCCUUUUCCUCUCCGCUUUUUCACCUUUGAAAGUUCCAACGUUGUACCUGUUCCCGCCCCAGGAUUCACGCCACCAACAACUCCUAAUUGAACUGCAUCUCAAGCUUGAAUUUUUACGUUCUCCUUUCGCAUUUCAGCUUCUGGUUUACCGGGUUUGACUUAUCUGAAUGACACUAAGCUGCUGAUACUUGUUUAUGCGGAAGCAAGUGAUGGUGGAGAGUUUAGCUGUUAUGGAUGGCUGUGAGUGCCCAGGUGAUAAUGGUAAGGAAAAUGGAGGUAGUGAAAAUGGUAUAGAAAAUGAGAGUUUAGGUGAUCAUAUACUCGAGGAAAUGGAAUCCUUCUGGUUGGAUAUCGAUGAGAGGUUGACCAUUUCUAGGAUGGUGAGUGACUCUGUCAUAAAGGGCAUGGUUAAUGCCAUAGAGCAGCAGGCAGCUGAGAAAAUUGCGCAGAAAGAACUGGAGGUGGUUGAGCUAAAGAAAAUGCUUCAUAAUGGCCAUGUGGGUCCUGAUGAAACUAAAACAUUGUGCUCUUUGGCACCUUAUCUUCAUGAUCCUGGUGAUGCCGGCGCAUAUAAUCUUUCAAAUGGUGUUGUUGCGGAAUCCAUGGACACUCUUCAAAUUUCAGUGGAUGAGAAAUUAAAUCAGCUCAAGAAAGAAAUGAAUAAAAUAAGAUGCUCUGGUUCCAUGAGAAGAAUUGGUUCAGGAGCCGACAUUGUGGGUUUAGGUGGUAUUUUGGACGAGAGUGUACCAGAAAGAUGGAUUUAUGUUGAUAAAAUUUUUGAGAGUCUAAGAGAUACUCUUGACGGUUUCUGCUUAAGAAUGCAAUUCAUUGAUCAGUUAUCAAUGGCGUCUCUUUCUGAAUGGCAGCAGGAGCAGGAGUUUCGGUCAGAGGUUGAAAGGAUGGUAAUCAGCAAUUGUAUUAUGGGUCUGCAGCAGGAUUUUCAACAUAAACUGUUGGACCUUUAUGACUUAGAAAGUAGAAAUUGUUUUAGCCAACACAAAGAUAUCUCUAAUUUGCGCCAGGAAUUGAAUUCAAUUUUUAAAAUACUAUCUGCUUCUGAAACCGGGCUUCUUAUUUCCCAUGGUUCCCUUGAGAACGGGGAGGAAUGGUGUGUUAAUAAGAGGGCUGAUCAUUUCCACUGGAAGAUUGCAACAAAUCAUUCAUCACCGUCAACUUUGGAAGAAAAUGGCAAACAUGAGGACCCAAAGGAGAGCGACGCUGAGCACUUGGAUCCUACCAUAUUACGGCACUUGAAUAGAGAUGAGUUGAUUACCCAUGUUAAUUCUGAGAUAACGAAGAUGAAAAGAGACCAUGAAUCUCAAGUGCAAGAGAUGACUGAAGAAAACUUUCGCCUUAGGCGGGAAUUGUUGAAUUUGAAAGGAGGUUCUUCUUUAUCAUUGAAGAAGGACAAAGACUUUGAUUUGUUGAAGAAAAAAAUCCCUAAUGUCAUCUCAAAAUUGGAUGAAAUCCUUGUUGGAAAUGAAAAAAUGCAUCAACUCACCGAAAGCUUUGAAUCUCUUGGCAUUCUGAAGGAUAGAUUGGAUACCUUAGACUUGGAGAAUCGUCAACUGAAGGACAUGCUGACAGAUAAGGAAAAGGAAGUCAAGAAUCUUUCUUCUCAGCUUUCUGCAGCUCUGGAGAAAUUGUCACAACAGCAUCUGGCUGAGAAAAAAAUGUCACAAACUAUUCAGAAGCUCGAGGAUGAUAUAGUGGAUGCAAAUGCCGGAGUUUCAAUUAUUCAAGAUAUAUAUAAAUCUCUCUUUGAUGGUAUUGCGAGUGGUUUCAGAUGCAUCACUGAGGAGUUACAUCCGAAGAACAUUAUCAUGGAAGAAAUAUAUGAAAUAAUGUUAAAAGAAGUUGCUUACAAUGCUCACGCUUCUAGUAGGUUUGAAAUUGAGGAUGCAGAUAUGGAGUCAACUAUGGUGCAAGGACUAUUGGAUAUUAAUCAUAUUAUAUUUAGAGAAUCUUUGGUGGAUGCAGAAAGAGCAUUAAAAUUGGAAGCUGGUGAGAAAGAGGAACUAAAACAAGGAAUGCUUAUGUUGACAUCAAAAGUGGAAGAGAAGGAGAAAUCAGCACAGGAGGCAGCAUAUGCAUUGACACAAGAGAAGCAAAAUAUGGAGUUGGUCACUGACCAGCUUAAGAUUUUGAGAGAUGAGACAGCUCGGCAACAGAAAACAAUUGCAGAGAACAAUAAAGAGCUGAGUGUCACUAAGGGUCACCUGGAUGCAGCAUCCAAGGAAAUUGAACUAUACAAGAAGCAAAUAUGCAAGUUACAUGAGAAUCAUGAACAGAUCAUGAAUGAGCACAGAGAAAGUGAUGAAGAAAGAAGGGUGCUUCGUCUUGUUACGAAAGACCAACAAGAUGCACUAACACUUAUUCAGGCUAAAGAAAGGGAGACAAGGAGGCAAAUGGAAUCAACCAUUCAUCUCGUUCAUAAGUUGUCCUCAGAGAUUACUGCUUUUGAAGCUAGAGUAAAUGGUGAUAUUUCUAGAAGUUGUUUGAGGCUUGAUAACAUGAGUUCAGAGUUCUCACGCCUAAAAAACAAAGCCAACAUACUUAAAACUGUGGGUUUUGUGUACAAGAGAAGGCUAGAAACAACUAACUCUAAUCUUGCAAAGGCUGAAGCAGAGGUUGAUCUUUUGGGGGAUGAGGUUGAUACUCUUCUUCGCCUCCUUGAACAGAUAUGCAUUGCUCUUGAUCAUUAUUCGCCCAUAUUGAAGCAUUACCCAGGGAUUCUUGAGACUCUGGAGCUUGUAAGAAGAGAACUGAAUCAACAGAUAAGAAAACGUGUUUGAGGUGGGCCAGGUACCAAAGUUGUAUAGUUUGUUCACAAGAAGUUUACAAAGCAGGAUUUUUGGUUCUCCUAAAUGGAAAAAAGGGAAAUGAGAAAUGCUUUUUGACCCCAAAAUCAGCCACUAAAAUUAGCCACUAAAAUCAGCCACCAAUGUAUUGUGUAUAAAUACAUGUAUGGUUUAAUUUAUUUUCAAUGUGUAUUUGUAUUUCAACAUGUAUUUUAUACUAGUGGCUGAUUUUGGUGUACACGUAGCAUAACCCGAAGGAAAUUCAGCAACAGAAAAGAUUCCACAACACAAACCUUUGUUUUUGCCAUACACACUGAUGCUAUAUAUUUUGGUCUAGGAGACAUGAUAGGUUCCACUGCUCGUAGUAACAACAAAUUAGUCUUCUCUUUCUGUGAUCAUAGUUUGUUAAUGGCAUUCUGUACAUGUUCUUAUGGUAGAAUAGAUGUGAUAUGUGAAUUAUUAGAUGGUUUAUAGAUAAUUUUACAAUUACUAGAAUUAAUUUCUGUGUUUAACAUUCUAUUAAUUUCUUGAGCUAACCACUUUUGCAAAGUGGGGGAAUGAUUUAUAUGUACCAAGUUUAACUUGAUGCAUGAUAUACCAGAAUAAUCCAAUGGUAUAUUUAAAGUAAAUCUACACCAUUGGAUUAUUUUAGUGCAUAUAUACUAAAUUUAUUUUAGUGCA